AUGCGGAUGCGAAUUUGCGUUCAUACCAAGAGCGCCGCACUUCGGGGGUCUAUGCUACUCCUACAUACGGUAGCCAACGCCAGCCAAACAGCAGAGGAGAUGGAGAAGGUGCUAGUGGCAGUCGAGGACACAUUUAACUCCACUUGGGGUAAUAAGCCAGGACCCGAACGACGGCGAGGCUAUAACACCCGGACACCUGUUGCAUGUCGGAGGACCGGUGAGGGCACUGCCGCACCAGGGGACUCCGGACAAGGGGAGUCGCAGCGGCUGCUUGAAGCGAUGGCGAGCUGUCUCGUAGUUCAAGCGGGCGUCCUGACAGCGAUGGUCCCGGGAGUAUGUUCUAGGGCAUCAAACAUUUUACCGCCGCAGCAGUGGAUGAACGCUCGAGUGGUGCCCACAAAUCAAAUCACUCUAAAGUCGAGUCAAGUGAAUGACCUAACGGAAAAGUUGUAUGAAAAACAACGAGAAGUUCAUAACUUCAAGAAACAACUGGAGUCGGUUCAUUCCGAAAAAAUGAUGUUACAGCGGAAUUUAGAAAAUACUACCCAAGAGAGGGACAAUUUUCGAAUUCUUCAGUCGAAAUCAGGGCAUCAAAUACAACAACUGACAACAGAAAUUAGUUCAAAUGAGAUCAAAAUAAAUUCACUGAAUCUGAAAAUUGAACAUUUAUAUAAUAAUGUCAAAGAAAUGCGAUCAGAACUUAAAAACAAAGAGAAUUUAAUAUCCAGCUUACGGAAGGAUUUACGAGAAAUGAAGUGUAAGAAUGAAAUGCUGUCCAAGACAAUCUCAAACGAUGAGCAUAGGUUUAUGAAAAUGGGACACGAACUUGAAGAAAUGAGAAAGGAACGUAAUUUAGUUGGAUUGCAAAUGGUUCGCCGCAAUGAUGAAAUUGUUGUUAUAAAAGAAAAGCUUCAAAUAGCACAAAAUGCGCUCGAUAACGGUACAACUCAAUACAAUCAACGUGUAGAUGAUAUAAGAUUGUUGAAAAAGGAAAUAUCUAAUUUGUAUACAGAACAUGACUGCUUAAAACAUGCCAUUCAAAGCACAGCUGAUAUGAGAAAAGAAAUAGUCCGUCUUCAGCGUGCUUUAAAUCAGGAGCGGAUACGGAUUCGCGCUCUUACAGAGGACGCAAAGACACCUACUGCAGUACACAGAUGGCGCAUUUUAAAGGGGGAGGAUCCCAAGAAGUAUGAUUUACUUGAAAAAUUACAAGUUCUUCAAAAAAGGGCACUUCGUCAAUCAAUUGAAAAUUCGAAUAUAAAAAAUCGUUUGGCAGAAACCCAGAAAACAAAUGAAACGUUAAAGCGAAUGCUAUCUCACAUGCCAACUGUGGAAAUCAAACACAAAUUAGUUGUGCAGCAGGUUUGAUUCUUUUUAAAUAUAGCUAUAAGUAUU